UUGUUUAAUCUCCUUAGAUUAGAGUAAUUUCUAUCCAACCUCAACGGCCUUUGGUAUUUGUCCAGUUACCACGUGAUACCAUAACCCACCUUAAAUAUAUAUAUAUAUACAUAGCAGACACAACAUUAGAGUCCGCAACCAAAAGGAAACGCAGAAGAGAUUAAAAAAAAAAGGGCUGAAAUGGCCGCCACAUUACCCUCCGAUUACGACGGUCUCCGGUCGCCGCUGCUGCUGGCGGCGGCGAGGAAGCCGGCGACGGAGAAGCUGUGCAUCGACGAGAUGCUGCAGAAGCACUGCGGAGAGUUCGGGCGGUGGCAGCUGAAGCACUUCAUCCUCACGAGUCUCGCGUGGGCGCUCGAGGCCUUCCACACCAUGGUCAUGAUCUUCGCCGAUCGUGAGCCUGACUGGACCUGCGUCGCCGGCGCCGCGUGCGACGGCGCAGGCGGCCUCUGCGGCCUCCCGGCGGAGUCGUGGGAGUGGGUCGGCGGGCCCAGCGGCUCCACCGUCUCCGAUUGGGGUCUGAUUUGUGGUGACAAGUUUAAGGUUGGACUCGUCCAGGCCGUGUUCUUCGCCGGCUGCAUGAUUGGUGCUGGAAUAUUUGGCCACCUCUCAGAUUCCUCUUUAGGAAGGAAAGGCUCUCUGAGAGUGGUUUGUGCCCUAAACGCCAUCUUCGGCUGCUUAACAGCGUUGUCACCAAACUAUUGGAUCUACGUCCUCCUCCGCCUCCUCACCGGCUUCAGCACCGGCGGCGUCGGUCUCUGCGCCUUCGUCCUCGCCACCGAACCAAUCGGCCCGACGAAGCGCGGCACGGCGGGGAUGUCCACCUUCUACUUCUUCUCCGGCGGCAUAGCAUUCCUCUCAGCCAUUGCCUACAUCUUCCAAACAUGGCGCUAUCUCUACAUAGCCUCCUCCAUCCCCUCCUUCCUCUACAUCAUCCUCGUCCUUCCCUUUGUAACCGAGUCCCCAAGAUGGUACCUCGUUCGCGGAAGAGUAUCCGAAGCCAUGAAAAUCAUGUCAACCAUUGCUUCUUCCAACGGGAAGCACCUUCCCGACGGUGUUAUCCUCGCACUUGAUGAAGAAGCAUCGGAGAAAACCAACCAAGGUUCAGGCCAUGACGUCGUAGCAUGCAAUAACCAACACGAGGAAAACAAAGACGCGCUAGUUGGGUCCAUCGUGGACGUGAUUCGAUCCCCUAUAACUCGUUUAAGGUUGUUCCUAGCGGUGGCUCUUAACUUCGCAGCCUCCGUGGUGUACUAUGGUCUCAGCUUAAACGUCGUGAACCUCGAAACGAACCUUUACAUGAACGUGGUGCUGAAUUCCGUGGCGGAGAUGCCGGCGUUUACGAUAACGGCGGUGCUCUUGGAUAGGUUUGGACGGAAACCGUUAACGGUGGGGACGAUGUGGUUUAGUGGGUUGUUUUGUUUGAUAGGGAGUUUGGUGAGAAACGUGGGGGUGUGGAAGGUGGUGAGAAUGGUGUGUGGUGUUUUGGGGAUAUUUGGGAUGGCGGGGACUUAUAAUUUGUUGUUUAUUUACACGGCGGAGCUGUUUCCGACGGUGGUGAGGAACGCGGCGCUUGGGUGCACCACUCAGGCGUCGCAAAUGGGGGCCAUAUUGGCGCCGUUUGUUGUCGUUUUGGGAGGGUGGAUGCCGUUUGCGGUGUUUGCAGCGUGUGGGAUAGUGGGAGGGAUGUUUGCGUUUUAUCUUCCGGAGACGCUGAACAAACCUCUCUAUGAUACAUUCAGUGGAUUGGAAGCUGGACUUGCUUGAUUGUUGUUGCUGUUUUUUUUUUUUUUUUUUUUUUUUUUUUUUUUUUUUUUUUUUAAUUAGUACUAAUCUCAUACAUGUUUUGCUUUGGUGCUUUUGAAUGGAAUCUCUAUAGUUUCCCUCU